UUCGUAGCUAGACUGUGGCAUUCAGAGCCCAGAGCAUCCAUGCAUGCAAAGGCAGCCAGCCUCUCAGCUCAACUCUCCGCAGCCCCGGCGUUUUCUUUUCUACCGACAGUUUCCAAAGUUGGGGAAUUAGAUGCUUCUGGAGAGCAAGAGAAGAGACAAAACAGGGACUCCGGUUGCAGGAUUAGAAGAAAUUAGGGUUGCAUUGCUGGUUUGGUUGCUUCCAAAAGUUUCAGAAUUCAACGCAUCUGGAGAAAAAGAAGAGGUGAAACAAGGACUCCGGCUGUAGGUUGAGAAGGAAUUAGGGUUGCAUUGCUGGUUUGGUUGCUUCCAAAAUCCAGCACCUCUCAGCUGAACCCUCUGCAGCCCUGGCAUUCUCUUUGCUGUUCCUGGUUUCCAAAGUUGGGAAUCUGAAUGCAUCUGGAGAGAGACAAGAGGUGAAGCAAGGACUCUGGCUGCAAGAUUGUUAAAAAUUAGGAUUGCAUUGCUGUCUUGGUUGCUUACAAAAUCCAGCACCUAUUGUGAAGAGUCAAGCGAUGGAGAAACAAUACUGAACAACACAGACAGAGAAAGCGGCACAGACAUAACCUUCUCCAUCUCCCAGCCCCAUUCAGACAGCUCUCCAAAGAGAUUUGAAUCCACCAAAGUCUUUGUGACAUCUCUGUGGACUCCUGGGAGAGGAAUCACGAAGGAAUUCAUCCUUUCAGGAGGAAGAGACAGCCGUGGAUAUUGCAUUGAACAGGAGAAAUCCAGCCUGGGACUGGCCAAAUUUUACCCCUAAACCUUGGGAGAAAAUAUUUCAAACUAGUUGCAAGUGGGACGCCAUUCAACCUGAAUCAGUGGUUUCUUCCAUAAUGGGGUGACAACAAUUUUGCACUGAUAUUUUUGUUGCCCAAUUUAUGUGUCGGGUUUGUUUUCCGGAAAAGGGAUCUUGAAGCGCAGCUUUUUCGUGAAAUUCCAAAUUUGGGGAACAGGGGAAACGGUUUCUUCUUUGUUUUCCUUCCUGGUCGGAAACAUCCCAAAAGACGGCAGUGUGAAGAGAGGCUGAGCCAGCGUCGACACCAUGCAGGUGUCUUUUGUAUGUUCGGACCACAACAUCAAGAGCCGGGGCACUGAGGACCGUCUCAACCGACAGAAUGCCAACAGCCCCAGCGCCCGCGGCCGGUUCAGGGCAGUGGCCAUGGUGGCCCGGAGCCUUGGACAACUCUCCAUGCACAACGCUCCCUCCGCCAGCGAAGCCAGCGCGAAACAACCGGGCAUGAAAUACAGAAACCUUGGGAAGUCAGGACUGCGGGUCUCCUGCCUUGGCUUAGGCACAUGGGUGACAUUUGGAGGACAGAUCACGGACGAGAUGGCAGAGCAGUUGAUGACGCUGGCCUACGACAACGGCAUCAAUCUCUUUGACACCGCCGAAGUCUAUGCAGCCGGGAAGGCCGAGAUUGUAUUAGGGAAUAUCAUCAAGAAGAAAGGAUGGAGACGCUCCAGCCUGGUGAUCACGACCAAAAUCUUCUGGGGAGGAAAAGCUGAGACGGAGAGGGGACUUUCAAGAAAGCACAUUAUAGAAGGCCUAAAAGCAUCCUUAGAGCGGCUGCAGCUGGAAUAUGUGGACGUGGUCUUUGCAAACCGGCCGGACCCCAACACGCCGAUGGAAGAAACGGUGCGCGCCAUGACCCACGUGAUCAACCAAGGAAUGGCGAUGUAUUGGGGCACCUCGCGAUGGAGUUCCAUGGAGAUUAUGGAAGCUUACUCCGUGGCUCGGCAAUUCAACCUCAUCCCUCCCAUCUGCGAACAGGCCGAGUACCACAUGUUCCAGCGGGAGAAAGUAGAAGUGCAGCUUCCGGAGCUUUUCCACAAGAUCGGCGUGGGCGCCAUGACGUGGUCGCCCUUGGCGUGUGGCAUCGUUUCGGGGAAGUACGACGGUGGGAUCCCACCCUAUUCGCGGGCAUCGCUGAAAGGCUACCAGUGGCUAAAGGACAAGAUCCUGAGCGAGGAAGGAAGACGGCAGCAAGCCAAGCUGAAAGAGCUACAAGCCAUCGCAGAGCGGCUGGGAUGCACUCUCCCCCAGCUGGCUAUCGCCUGGUGUUUACGGAACGAAGGAGUCAGUUCGGUGCUGCUGGGGGCCUCCAAUGCGGACCAGCUAAUGGAAAAUAUCGGAGCAAUACAGGUUCUUCCCAAACUUUCCUCUUCGAUUAUCCAUGAGAUCGAUAGCAUCUUGGGCAAUAAACCCUACAGCAAAAAGGACUACCGAUCCUAACUGGGGAAUUCCCGUCCGCCUGGGACUUUUCCUCGACUCCCAAUCUCUCCCGUUUGCUUGCUUAAAGCUACAUCGAAGCCGAGCGAAGAGUUACGGUCUGCAUCCAAGAAUAACUUACAACGCGUCUGGAGAUGUCCUCGAGAAACCACGUCAUUGUUUGUUUGUUCGUUUCCAAAACAUCGACGGACUGCGUAGGCUUCUUAACUUCUUUUUUGUUUUCGGGCCUUUUAUUGUUUUUGAAAUGCAAGAAAAUGCGGCAGGUUGGGAAAAGGGGCAUGUGGAAGGUUUAGGCCGGUUCCGGCUACAUGCUGCCUUUUGAAAAAGGAGAAAACCACACUCUCUCUUUCCCUUCCUUCCUUUCUUCCUUCUUUUCUUUUUCUUCCUUCCUUUCUUCUUUUUAAAAGCAGUGUUUCUUUUCUUCUGAGAAACACUUGUAUGCACAAAGAAUGCCACAGUGCUUAAGUCAGGGCUAGGCAACCUUUUUGAGCUUGGGGCCGGGUUGCUGUCCCUCAGACAACUGGGGGGGCCGAACUCAAAAUGGCACCUGGAGCGGCGCGGAAGCUGCGGCAGGGGCGGCAAUCGGCGGCAGGACCGGGCUGGGGCCGGUCCCAAGGCCUCGCCAGGCUAGAUCCGGCCCACGGGCUGUAGGUUGCCGACCCCUGGCUUAAGUCAUUUUGCCUCUUUGGUUUCCCCUUCCCUUCAGUUUGACUAGUCAGAUCUGGCACGCCACUAUUAGUAGUAUUAGUAUUAUUACUUUAGAAAAAACAAAUGGGCAGAGUUAAGGUUAUGGUUAAGUAACAGCAUUCAUGCUCUUAAUGUCUGACUAGAGGAGCUUCCAAAGAUGCACCUUGGCUGGCCUCCUGGGUGCAUUACAAAACCGCUUUAUCCGGGGGAAGACGAUUGCAUGCAAUAUCUACCGACUCCCCCAACAUUUCCUCUUCCCCCAAAAGUUUGUGGGCGAGGAAGACGCCAGGCCGCUAGGCAGCACCAGUGUGAAAUCGUUUCUCUAAUGCAACUUUUACGAGGGUCCGUGGUCCACGAACUGUGAGCAAAUGCAACUCAUCCUUUCCGUAAUGUGGGGCAGGGGGGCCUUGAAGGAAAAGUAGAGGACAGUUGCAAGCCGUCAAGUCCUUUUCUUUGGACAGCAUCGAAUCCGCACUGGAAGCAGGUUGAAAUGAAUAGCGGAGGUGAUACGAAUGUUAAAGCAACAUCCAUGUUGGAAAGGGGAAGAUGGAUAGAGUGCAUUAGCUAGCUGUUAUGGUUAAGGCGCAUUGAUACCAACAGCUCUGGAGAAUAAACAAAACUUUCAUUAUUGGAAU